CAUGGCUAUUAUCAAUAACCACACCGGCAUUCCUCUGAAAAAAAAGACGACAUUUCUUGAGCCGAUCAGAUAUUGAAAUCGCUAACAAACUUUACAGCUGUCCAGCUUGCUUAUUUAAUCUACGAGAUAAAAGAGGAACAAUAUACUUCAACACUUCUAUGACUGACGAAUUAUAUUGCGAGUGGUUCAUCAAAAGGGAGGAGGGAGAAUAUAUCGAGUUCAUUGUCGAUUACGUUAACAUCCCGGAUAACGAAAACUGUACCGAAGAUUACUUGGAUUUUCUCGAUGGAUAUUCCUUUUCUUCUGCGUAUUUAGAUUCUCUUUGUGGGAAUAAGACUGUGGAGGACUUCUACAUAACCACUUCUAAUUAUCUUUUCGUCUCAUUUGAAAUAUCAGAUCGAGCGAAUUUCGCGGAAUUUUCCUUCAGAUAUAAAGUCGCCUGUGGAAGUGAAAUCGAAGCAGACGAAGGCUUAAUUAAAAGUCCACGAAAUUCUGCAGAUUAUCCCUACAGUAAGGAUUGUAUUUGGAUCGUAACUGUUCCCGAGGANUCAUCAACUUUUAUGUAA